AUGCGCAGAUGCCACGGCAUUAAGCUGUGUGCCCACGUUAGGUGGGCGUCGGGGAGCAUAGACGUCUGCAAGCCCACCCCGAGCUGCAGAACACAGCAUUUGAAAUAUAGGUUAACACAGGCAUUUGUAUUUGCAGUCACCGAAAUUAACAACAAUAAGGAGCUGCUUCCCAAUAUCACGCUUGGAUUCCAUAUCAUGGAUUCUUGUUCUGCAGAAGAAAGAGCAAUGAUGGGAAUGUUUGAGAUUUUAUAUGGAACUCUAUUUCCAGUACCUAACUAUUGUUCUGGAAAUGUGCCGAGCUUGGUGGGAUUUAUUGAUGGAAUAUCUUCCAAAGUUUCUCUCUUGUUGGCCAGGAUGUUUGGAUUCUACAAGGUCCCGCAGAUCAGUUAUUCUUCUAUGGACCCAGAGCUGAGUGAUAAAAUUCAGUUUCCUUCAUUCUACCGCACGGUUCCUAAUGAAAUUACUCAGUACCAGGCAAUAAUAAAACUAAUAAUGAAGUUUGGAUGGUCCUGGAUAGGUAUCUUGGUUUCAGACAAUGAGCCUGGCUUGAAAGCCAGCCAAAUUCUACAAAGAGGACUCACAGAAUCCGGCGGUUGCGUUGCAUUCCUAGAAUUCAUCCCUUACCACGAUGCAUCGAACGAAAAGAUCAGAGAUAAAAUCCUGAACGCUCUACUUAAUUCUUCACCUGACGCCAUAGUUUUAUAUGGGGAUCGUGAAUAUAUGCUCACAUUACAACUUAUUCUAUAUCAGUUUCCCGUCUCUGAAAAACUCCAUAAAUAUUUGAAAGAUGUCCAUUUCACAAACAGUGCAGGUGCUGAUGUUCACUUUGAUGAGAGUGGAGACAUGAACUCCGAAUUUGAUAUUUUAAACUGGAUUGUCUAUCCUAACCAAACUCUUAAUGCCAUCAAAGUCGGAAGGUCCGAACAGCGAGAUUCUGUCCAACAAGUAGUAAUUGAUGAACAUCUGAUAAGGUGGAGCCCGUAUUUUAACCAGACUCCUCAAUCAACCUGUAAAGCAACGUGCCUUCCCGGGUAUAGGAAGUCCCCCAAAGAAGGGCAAAUGGCUUGCUGCUAUGACUGCGUUCCCUGUCCGGAGGGUGAGAUAUCGAACCAAACAAAUAUGGAAACAUGUUUAAAAUGCCCAGAAGAUAAAUGGCCAAACAUAAAUAAAGACGCAUGCAUCCAUAAAACCAUAAUGUAUCUGUCGUACGAAGAACCUUUGGGUAUAUCCCUGGCCACAGUGUCUGUUCUACUCUUUCUUUUCACUUGCCUAGUUAUGGGGGUUUUCACCAAACAUCGAAACACCCCUAUUGUGAGGGCCAACAAUCAAAGUCUCAGCUUCAUACUCCUUUUCUCUCUCAAGGCGUGUUUUCUUUGUACCUUGAUAUUCAUCGGCCAUCCUCUCCGGGUCACCUGCAUUCUCAGACAAACAGUAUUCGGAAUCACCUUUACCAUUUCUGUUUCUUCUAUAUUGGCCAAAACUGUGACGGUAUUUGUUGCCUUCAAAGCCACCAAGCCGAAUAGUAAGUUGAGGAACUGGGUUGGAUCCAUGAUUUCUAAUUUAAUUGUGAUCUUUUGUUCUCUUGUCCAAGUUAUAAUAUGUGUUUUAUGGUUGGGAAUUUCGCCUCCAUUCCCUUCCUAUAACAUGACUGAUGAAGUUGAUAAGAUAAUAGCUCAAUGUAAUGAAGGUUCAGUGGUUGGAUUUUACUGUGUCCUGGGAUACAUGGGAUUUUUGGCCAUCCUUAGUUUCAUGAUUGCGUUCCUAGUCAGGAACUUGCCUGACAUAUUCAAUGAAGCCAAAUUUAUCACCUUCAGCAUGCUAAUGUUCUGUAGCGUCUGGAUCACCUUCAUCCUAGCCUAUCUCAGUACUAAAGGAAAAAACAUGGUGACUGUGGAGGUGUUCGCCAUCCUGGCUUCUAGCACUGGGCUUCUGGUCUGUAUUUUUGUACCAAAAUGCUAUAUUAUACUAAUUAGACCUGAAAGGAACACCAGGGUCUUUAUAUCAAUAAAGGGCAAUGCGAAUUGAGGAUGAUGUACCCUGCUAAU